AUGGCGUUGAUGCAGACUGAACCUCCAAUGAUACCAAACGCGUUCGUCAGAGCAAGAGUGACCAGACGAGGGAGCUUGUACGGUAAUUGUGCCAUCCUUAUUCUCUACCAAGUUGACCUGUUCGUUGAUGAAUCCGUGGGUCGAGAUACGGGGCUCCUCAAGGCAGUGAGCGUGCGGGGCAAAGGAGGAAAAAGAGGAAAUGGAGGAGUGGGUGGGGAGGGUGAAGAAGAGAAGAAGAUGGAGCAAAGCGAGGACUGA